UGUGGAGCGCCGAUUGCUGAGGUCGGCUGCUGGAAGACGGCUCACACACUCCUUCCUUUUUCGCGGGUGGCUUUGCUCUCCUCCCGUGCACACCAGGAGCUGCUACUGCUGCUUCUCCUCUUCUCUGGAGGAAAAUCGCAGCAGCUUCCAGCUGGUGGAAGAAACCAGGCUCGGGUCCUUACGCCCCAUAGCCAGGCGAAAUGGCCUCUGCAAAUGACACUCGACAGAUGCCCAAGGAUGCUGCUGACCAAAACUUUGAUUAUAUGUUCAAGCUUUUAAUCAUUGGCAACAGCAGCAUAGGCAAGACAUCGUUUCUCUUCCGAUAUGCUGAUGAUUCCUUUACUUCAGACUUUGUUAGUACUGUUGGUAUUGACUUCAAGGUGAAAACUGUCUACAGGAAUGAAAAAAGAGUCAAGCUGCAGAUUUGGGACACAGCUGGCCAAGAGCGGUAUCGGACCAUCACAACAGCCUACUACAGGGGAGCAAUGGGUUUUUUACUCAUGUAUGAUAUUUCCAACCAGGAGUCUUUCAGUGCUGUACAAGACUGGGCAACUCAGAUCAAGACUUACUCCUGGGAUAAUGCUCAAGUGAUUCUGGUUGGGAACAAGUGUGACCUGGAAGAUGAUCGAGUAAUACCCACUGAAGAUGGCAAGAGACUUGCUGAUGAACUAGGUUUAGAAUUCUUUGAAGCCAGUGCCAAGGAUAAUAUCAAUGUCAAGCAGGUCUUUGAGCGCUUGGUGGACAUAAUCUGUGAGAAGAUGAAUGAGAGCCUGGAUGCAAGCUCUGGCCUGAACAGCACCAAUCACAAGAACACUGCCCUGAAGGAAACAUCAGAUUCACAGUCCAGCAAUUGUUCCUGCUAGACAGGACUUUGCCCACCACUGAGACCUGCAGUGCCUCGCUGCCCUACAUAAGUGAGGAGGAAGGUUCAGCAGAUUGCACAUCUCCUUUGACUGCUGGUUGGCUCAUCUCCCGUUUGCCUCUGCUGUGCCUGUUUGGCCUCUGACAGCAUGCAUCAGUUGCCUCCCUUCCUUUUCUCUGCAGCAUAAUUGGCCUUUUCUGGCAAAGGAGUAUGAUUUCUUUUGAAUAUUUUCACUUCAGUUUACACUCCCAAUGACAUGUCUUUGCAACCUAGACAAAUUGGACCUCUCUUUCAAACUGGGCACAACUUUCUCCCCAUCUCUUUUCAAUAUUCUAGCAAUUUGUCUCAUAUAUAUCUGCAUCUGCAUAAGCAUGCUUCCUCCCCACCUUGCCUUCUCCCAGUAUAAAACCUGCAUAGGUUUAACUACUCCAUGCGUUUAAUUAAGUGAGCUGCAGUUCAUAAAAGUUUAUGCCUUU